AUGCAGUCGUCCAGUGUCGUUGACGUUGACGUUGACGUUGACGUUGACGCCACCGUUGUUGUUGGACUUCAUGAAAGCAAGUCAGUCUAUCAUCGGAAGCUGCCUCCAUCUCAUUCUGAAUUUAUCAAGAACCCAGAUCGCCACGAGGACAUCAUUGAGCUAUGCAGCAAUGAUUUUGACGUAGAAGCUGCUGUUGUUAUGAUUAUCAACAGCCUCAAGUCGGACGAUGAAUCGUUCUUGGUGGACAACGUUGCAACCGGGCUCACGAACAUUGCAGACCGCGUUGCUAAUGGACCAGCACUUCCUGCUUACAACCAAUUGGUAAACAACAGAGUCACUACUUUGCUUGGUAGUUUGUUGGAGAACAACAAAAUGUUGGCUCUCUUGAAGGACCCAUCUAUCUCUAGUAGUGCAGGUACGAUGUUUACUGCUCACCUUGGUGAUGUCGAUCCAAGCAAUGAAGAAAUUGUUACCCGUCUUGUUUUGCGAGCUGCAUUCCGCGAGGCAGAGAUUCAUGGUGCGAGGCUCGACCAUUUCAAAGACGCAUGCUCCAAAAUUUUCAACAAAGAUUCUAAGUAUUAUGAUUCAGCUUUCAAAUGUGUCACGUUGGACGUCAAAAAGGCCCUCAUCGAGAGAUCGCAAGAACUGAAUGACGAAGAUCCUCAUGGGCCAAAUUGGUUGGAUAAAGUGUUUGACGAAUUGUUUGGUGGUGUCUUGUUCCUCAGCAAUGUACAAGAGCAAGCAGAGAAUGAUCUAGGGUCGUCGAGCUCUCAUAGAACCUACUACAACAAGAUGGAAACGUCUGCCAAGACAAUCCUUAUCAAGUGGUGCGAAUCAGCGGGUCUUGGAAAAAACGAUACGAAUGCCCUGAACGAGGAGAUUUUCCAGAUUUAG